UGCGCGUGCCGUUCAGAGUGCUGCUGGCUUGCAGUGUUUGGAAACCUUCCAUGUGCGCUGCAUGGAUGUUCAGCUCACAUAGUGCUCCCUGUAACCGCGGCAAGGAAUCAACAUGUCCAACCCUCCACAUGACCCGUUCUACUCGUCCCCGUUCGGACCGUUCUACCGGAGGCAUUCGCCAUACAUGGUGCAACCUGAGUACCGAAUCUACGAGAUGAACAAACGCCUCCAGUCUCGAACAGAGGAGAGUGACAAUCUGUGGUGGGAUGCUUUUGCUACAGAGUUCUUUGAGGAGGAUGCUACUCUCACCCUUUCCUUCUGCCUGGAGGACGGACCAAAAAGAUACACUAUUGGUCGGACUCUCAUUCCUCGUUACUUCAGCACGGUCUUUGAGGGCGGGGUGUCUGACCUGUACUACAUUCUCAAACACUCAAAAGAGUCCUUCCACAACUCCUGCAUCACGCUGGACUGCGACCAGUGUACCAUGGUCACUCAACAUGGCAAGCCCAUGUUCACCAAGGUGUGUACGGAGGGUCGUCUGAUUCUGGAGUUUGCGUUUGACGAUCUGAUGAGAAUUAAGACGUGGCACUUCACCAUUAGGCAAUACAGAGAGCUCAUUCCCCGCAGUAUCCUCGCCAUGCACGCACAAGACCCCCAAGUUCUGGAGCAGCUCUCCAAAAACAUCACCCGUAUGGGCCUGACUAACUUUACCCUCAACUACCUCAGGUUGUGUGUUAUCCUGGAGCCGAUGCAAGAGCUCAUGUCACGGCACAAGACCUAUAACCUCAGCCCAAGAGACUGUCUAAAAACAUGCCUGUUCCAAAAGUGGCAACGGAUGGUGGCACCACCAGCGGGACAUCCACAGAACUUCAAAUCGGAAAUAUUCCCCACAAAUCACAAAAAAGAACCCACACGACAGACCACCACCAAGAGAAGAAAGAGGAAGAACUCAGCCAGCAGCGCAUCUAACAGUAGCCUAGGCAACAGUGCCAACAGCAAGAAACGCAGCCCUGCCAAUAACUUCAGUCUGUCCAGCCAGGUACCUGAUGUGAUGGUGGUUGGGGAACCCACUCUGAUGGGUGGAGAGUUUGGCGAUGAAGACGAGCGUCUUAUCACGCGGUUGGAGAACACUCAAUACGACGCCACCAACGGCCUUGAUGAUGACGAUGACUUCACCAGCUCUCCAGCGCUAGGCAACAACAGCCCCUGGAACAGCAAACCCCCAACAGGUCAGGACAGCAAGCCAGAGAGCACAGCGUCCCAGCCUUCCCAGUAGAGACAUGUUGCACCCACUGCCCAUACCAGUUACCAGGGCAACACUCUCUAUAUCGCUGACCCCUCUUUCUCCAAACGUUUCCUGGUUCCCUACAUCAUGGUGUCAGUGAUACCAUCCACCUUCGCGAAAUACUGAGACGUUGCUGGCAUCAUUGUCCUUGGAAAUAUUGCACAGAAAUAUUUGCUCUAUCAAAGAACACAAUUGGAUGCUUUCAAAUUGGAAAGGUGAUAUGGUGAUGUUCAAAAAUAAAUGAAUAAAAUAAAAUGGAGGAAAUGAACUCUCACACUCUCUGACUGUCACAGCUUCUACAAGGCCAAAAAUAGAAGGGGACAGAAUUUUAUUGACAACUGAAAAAAGUGACUUUGGGCCAGUGUCAGCCUCAAUGUAAAAACAACAGAGAAUAAAAAAAAGUCCCAAAGUUGGACCGGCAUCUCCACAAUGACUGCAGUUGACAACGGAGCCCAAAAACAGCCAUUUGGUUGCUCUGUGUUGUCCACUCACUGGAGUAGCACUGAAGUACACACACAUACACACACACAGCUGCUGAGACCAGUCCGUGCGCAUUUGCAUUUUUAUUGGAAAUUCAUUUAGCCGUUGUCUUUUUCUCCCCCACACCUCUUCUGUUUUCAAUUGAAAGCAAAUUGACAUGAGUUUCUUUAGAUCAAGAGACUAUUUUAACAACAACUAACUCCGGUUUAUGAUUUGAGGCAGGAGGGAUAAAGAAUUAAAAGUGCAAGUGUGUCACUUUCAGAUUGUAGUUUCAUGCAAAAAUGAUCAACUUUUGUUUCUGUGUCUGUAUUUGUUUUUAUGGAUUUGUGAUUAUUAUCUGUGUUCUCCUUGUGCUUAUUCAAUGAGACUGGGACUGGGAACUCUUGUCUAACUGACAGGCACAUAUGAGAAGUAUAUUUCUUUAAAUUUGACCUCUUUUCCCUUUAAUGACCUAUUCCCAAACUGGACAGUAACAUGACUCUGCAUGAACGUUCAAAUUUGUAUGAUAUUUGAAUUUUCUUUUUUCCAUUUUUAAAGACCUUAUAGUGUUUUUUUUCUUCAUCAGUUUGGGAAACACUGUUACAUGAUCCUCUCUGGCUCUGUAAAUAAAUAUACUGUCUGUUUAAUCCAAUGAAAAGCCACCUGACGCCACGACAUAAAUGGCAGCUGUCCAUUUGAUGGACUUAUUCAUUUGGUUGUGUGUUCUUUGAGGUUUCUUUUUUUUUAAAUUAUUUAUAUCCACUUGACUGACUCAUGUAUUUUCAAAUGCACAUAUUUCUGUGUAGACUCUAAACCAGACCUAUUUUUGGAAGGGUUGGACAAACACAUGUAUAACUAACUUAGCAUGUCCUAAGAUGCAUACACCAAUGAAGUCAUGUACUGAGCACAGAAAUUGUCUCAGUCUGUUGCUUUAACAUGAUUAAAUAUCCAGUAAAUAUUAAGUUUGGAAUAUAAUAAUGGUGAAUGGGAAGGGUAUGUUGAAUAAUCUCCAAACUCAUAUGCAUCACUAACCAUUAAGUAAGUUUUGGACCAUGUCUUUGUGUUCAAAAUACUCUUAAAUUCACAUUGCUUAUUUUUAUUAGAAUUUCUGAAAUGCUGAUUUUCUCCCAGAAUAACAGAAAGGAAAAAAAAACACUUAAUCUCUGAGGUCUUCUGUUGGAGCCUUGUAUUAUUAGAACUCUGCACAGUUUGUAAAAUAUUUAGCAGAGGUGUUUUGUGUCA